AUCCCUUUUGGCCGCCAGCGUUUUUCAGAUCCGGCGCCCCAGACGCGCGCCCCACCGGGCGGUCGCCGCGUCCGCGCAAUGGCGGCGGCGGCGGCGGUCAAGCGGCGGCAAGAGGUGGAAGCGGCCAUUGCCGCGGGAGAGAUUCACCUGCCAGCGCAACCGAUUCAGCCGAAGGGCGGCAAGCGACGGAAUUCCCUGCCGGACGAGGGCGCCGGCUUUUGGAAGUAUCAGCGGCAAGUAGCUGUUGCUUACAUGGACGUGAAGUCGCAGCUGGCAGUGGCAGUACUCAUCUCAGGGAACUUCUUAGUGAACAUCGUGGAGAAAUGGAUCGAUCCAUCAGGUGAGGUGCAUGCUGAUGUUUGGAGAGGGACGGACCUCUUCUUCAACAUCCUUUUCUUCAUCGAAUUAAUGAUUAACAUGUAUGGCUUCUGGUGGGUCCGCUUCUGGACCUCAGCUUGGAAUGUCUUCGACUUCGUGGUGGUCUCCAUUGGCGUCCUGGAUGUCUUUCAAGUCCAGUUGCCCGGACCCUUGAGCCUCUUACGGAUGAUGCGCGCCUUCCGCGUUUUCCGACUCUUCAAACGAGUGCAAUCCUUGAAGAAGAUCUUGGACUCCCUUACCAAGGCCUUGCCCUCUCACAUCAACUCCUUUGGUAUCCUGCUCUUGGUGAUGUGCAUCUAUGCGAUCCUGGCCGUCGAUUUCUUCAUGAACUACGGUGGGGAGGGCUUUUACACCACCAACUUGAAUGAUACCAUCGACGCGACCACAACGCGGGGGCUCUCCUGGGGCUACGACUACUACGGGAACUUUGGCUUGUCCUUAUUCACAAUGUUUCAAGUCAUCACCGGAGAUUCCUGGUCAGAGGCCGUGGCCAGACCACUGGUGCACGGACAGGAUGGCGUGUUAGCCUUCGGGAGCGCCAUGUAUUUCAUUUCCUUCCAGCUGGUUUGUGGGGUGGUCCUCAUCAAUGUGACCAUUGCCAUCCUCCUGGAGAAGAUGCUGGACGACGGCUCGGAGAAGAUGGAGGCGGCACAGCAGGAGGCCCAACGACGAUUGCUGGAGGGAAUCGACUUGGACAAGCUCCCCAUAGAGGUGCUCGACGGCGCCAUUUCGGGCUCGCUCACCGGCGAUGCCCUGGGCGAAGCCGGGGAGAUGUUGGAGAUGGAGGGCGAAGUUCAACAAAUGCGAAGGGAUUGGCUGGCAGUGCUGAAGAAAAGCUUUGACUUAUUUCAUCUUAUUUCCAUGUCGUUUUUUUCAAUUCUUUGUUCCCUUUUAAAGGUAAAACAUUGGGGUUCGCUUUGUCCCCUUGUUUUUCCCCCUAAGAAAGACCGAGCUGCUGGCUCAAAUUCACCUGCUGGCUCACAAUCCACCUUAAGAGGAGAGCCAGUCUUAAGAGAUUCUGAAGGUUGUAUUUGUUUUGGGAUUCUCCCCCGCAAAAUGUGGUGCGCACAAAUGGUACUUCUGCACAAAUGCACUAAAUGGCAUGCACUGUGCCCCUUGCCCCUUGCGCUUUCACUUACAGAAACCGUAGAGAGGCGGACGCAGAGAGCCGGGGGAGGACCGGACCGGACGGUCCGAGACGUCGGAGACGAGGAUUUGCUGGUGCUUCGGAAAGGCCUGAAAGAUCCUUGGCCAAGAGAGGGACACACGAUUUUGGAAGAUGAGGCAAUGACCUUCGCCUCCGGUUUUGGAGGGAAGGUCACGCGCCGAAAUCGUGAGUAAAGUGGAAUGAACUGGAAUGAGUGGCAUGGAAGUAAGUGUGAUGUGCCGUGUCUAUUAGUAUAUUAAUAACAAGCCUUUGUUGUGAGCAAUUUUUAAAGCAAGAGUCAACAUUGACCUGGUUCUGGUCGUCACUGGAAUCCUGUAGCCUUUGCAUGCUAGGACGUUCUGGUGACUUUACAGAAGCCAGAGGACCUGAGUGCCAUUGACGAAUUAGAAGUUGCCUCAGUGACCGAGAGUACGCACGAUGAAUGACCACAGUGAUGCCGCCGCGUGCGCAGCGCAAAGAUGCGUGGGGAUGUGGAGAGUGAUUUGUGCUCUAGACAUCCCGCAUGGAGCAUGAUG